AGGACAUGGCCACAACCGUGAUGCCACAGCGCAACCAGGUCAAGGAUGACGAGAUCGUUCUUGACGGUGUAUUUAAUGGUGAAGAAAAUGAAGACGAAGUGGAGGAAGCACUUCGAGGAAUGUGCGUGGAGGCAAACCCAGAAGAAGAAGAAAACUCGAAUGAUUACGUCGACAUAUCUGAUGACAUUGGCAUUGAAGACAAGCAUCAUGAGAAGCUCUCGGCUGAGAGAUCCGGUUUUCGGAAGAUGGCGGGAAAGUCUUUGAGAGGGCUCUGGAACAGCGCCAAGAAGCUUGCGGGUCGUUCCAAAGAUCGCAUGAAGGAUUCGGAUGUGGAGCGCCUGCUAGAAAAAGUGAUGAAGUGUCGACACAAGCUGGCUCAUCCCAAUGGAGGACUGAUCAACACAGACUAUGAGGGGAUCAAAGUCAGCAGGAGCGUCGUUGCCGAAGUUGUGAAGCAGAUGGGAAGGAAGCUCCUUUCCGGUCAGAACCUGCUGUCAGUCACCUUCCCCGUACGCUGCUGUCAGCCCAGGACGAUUCUUGAGUGUGCGGCAUAUCAGUUUUGCUUCUGUCCGCAUUACCUGUCUCGAGCUGCAAUGGAAACAGAUCCUGUCGAGCGUCUAAAGCAUGUGACUGCUUGCUUCAUUGCUUGUAUCCAUACGACUUCCCAGUUUGUCAAGCCCUUCAAUCCGACGCUGGGAGAGACUCUGCAAGCAAGUUUUGAUGGUGGAGUAAGACUCUACUUGGAGCAGACCAGUCAUCACCCCCCAGUAACCUCAUGGCAAGUCGUUGGACCCAACAACAGUUUCCAGUAUAUCGGAUGGUCAACCUACGAGGCCUCAUUCGGCUACAACAAGCUGUAUGUGAAGCAGUCGGGCAUCCGAAUGUGUCAGUUUCCUGACGGGACCACCAUCGAGGUUGGCUUCACGAUGGACAGAUACAACAACGUUUACUGGGGUGAUGUCAUUCAAGAGGUGCUGGGGGGAUACACGUUCUUGGACACGAAGAACUCUAUCAGCUGCACUAUCGAGCUGAACCCGUGCAAGGGGCUGCCUUCAGAUACUUUCAUUGGGUCUAUCAACCGACUUGAUGCACAAGGCGAGAUCAUAAAUUCCAUCUGUAACGUUGAGGGCUCUUUCCUGGGCUUUUUGGACUUCAACGGGCAUAGGUAUUGGGACAUCUCCUCGAACACAGGACGAGACCCUGUGUUCGAUCCUCUUGAGAAGUGUCUGCCUUCAGACUCCCGAUUCAGGGAGGACAGAAAUGCGCUGGUCAACGGUGAGGUUGAGAGAGCGCAAGUCGAGAAGGUGCGGAUUGAGGAGAGACAGCGCCGUGAGCGACGGCUGAGAGCAGCAGCGGCCAAAGGUGGCCCAUGGAUCCCCGCGGACGUGAAGUGAAGUGAGACCUCUAAAGUGUGAAGCAAAGGAGAAGAGUCAUCCUUCUCCUCCCUCCUAUUCCUAACUUGUGAACCGAGAAGUGUCAGAGGCCUGCAUAGCCGUCAAACAGCAAGUAGAGUCGCACGAAGAAGCUUCUUAAUAAAACUCGGAGAUAAGACG